GAUCAAAGUAAUCUUUCUUGACUCAAGUCCAGAGCUAUAGGUAUGGGAUAGAUCCGUUCCAGACAUCGUCUCGUUGAGGAUGUCUUUGGUUGCCGCAUUCAUCCAUCCUUACCUCUCUUUUCUCGGCCACAAGACUGCUUUUUAAUCCCUAUUAUCGAAAAUGCCUAGCAGCGAAAUCCUCCCCUCUCCAUCCUACCAAGCAGAUAGAGAUGUUGUCGAACCGAUUGCCAUCGUUGGCUUUUCCGUCAAGUUCCCGGGGGAAGCCAAAACGUCUGAAGACUUUUGGCAGAUGAUAUCUGAGAAAAAUUGCGCCUCAAAACUCUUCCCUAAGGAUCGUAUGAAUGUGGACGCAUUUUACCAUCCUGAUGGCACAAGACCGGACUCAGUACCCGUCCGGCAUGCACAUUUCUUAGAAGAAGAUCUUGGCGCUUUCGACGCACCGUUCUUUUCUCUCACGCCGUCAGAGGCAAUGUCCAUGGACCCGCAGCACCGCGGGCUUCUCGAAACAGCAUACAGGGCUCUCGAGAAUGCAGGAAUACCAUUAGAAAAAAUCGAUGGAACCAAAGCGGGAGUCUUUACCGGAACAUUCACCGACGACUAUCGCAUCGCGACAUUUAAAGACGCCGCUGCUAUGCCCAAACAUGCCGCAAUCGGAGUAGGCCAAAACUUCUCCGCAAAUCGCCUGAGUUGGGCUUUCAAUCUCAAAGGUCCAAGUUUGCAAAUUGACACUGCAUGUUCAAGCAGCUUGAUAGCACUAGAUUUAGCUUGUCAGAGCCUCCGAAAUAGGGAUAGUUCCAUAGCACUAGUCGGGGGAGCUAGCGUCAUUUCUAGCAUCGAGACGACAAUGUCCCUUUCAAAUAUGGGUUUCCUCUCACCAAACGGUCGAUGUUUUAGUUUCGACGAGCGGGGAAAUGGAUACGCCCGGGGCGAGGGUUUCGGCGUCCUGAUAAUCAAGUUGCUCUCUGAUGCUAUUCAAGACGGCGACUCUAUAAGAGCCGUAGUUCGGUCAUCUGGCUCAAACCAAAAUGGCCGAAAUCGAAGUAUCACGCAAACAAGCAAGGUGGACCAAGUGCAGCUUAUGCGCGACACAUACGCGAAAGCCGGUCUUGAUCUCGCAACUACCAGGUUUGUCGAGGCUCAUGGAACUGGAACGGCGGUUGGUGACCCGAAUGAGGCGAAUGCCAUUGGCGAGGUGUUCGGCCAAUACAGGACUCCUGAGCAACCGUUAUAUGUGGGAGCUGUGAAAUCUAAUAUCGGUCAUCUUGAGGGUGCGAGUGGAAUUGCAGGCGUCGUGAAAGCGGUGCUGGCCCUGGAAAAAGGCGUAAUCCCACCAAACACGAAUUUUAAGCGUCUCCACCCUCGAAUAAAAGCGAAGGCCCACAAUCUCGAGUUUCCAACAUUGACUAUUCCCUGGCCAGACGCUAUACGUCGGGCAUCCGUAAAUUCUUUCGGAUUCGGAGGAUCGAAUGCCCAUGUUGUGAUGGACGAUGCCUUGAGUUAUCUGCACUCUCGAGGUCUCCAAGCUCACCACUGCACGAUAUCACAUCCCCCGGCCUCUUUGACUCAUGGCGACGUUAACGGGGAUGAUAUUGCAAUUGAACGCAAAGAAGGCCCCCGUAACGCUAUGUUGAAUGGAAUGUUGUCGGUGACUGAAGAGAAGCAGCCCCGGCUGCUUGUGUUCUCGGCUUUUAACGAUGAUGCGGUGAAACGCGUCGUGAAGUCGUAUUCAGCAUACUUUGCCAAACAAUUAAACAAAAAGUCCUUGGGUGACGUAUCAUAUGUCAACAACCUCGCUUACACUCUUUAUAAUCGACGGACCCGCCUCCCUUGCCGAUCCGUUGCGCUCGUAGAUCACGUUUGUGGACUACCCAAAUUAGAUGAACUGGUAUCAAAGCCCAAUCGAUCCAGCUCCAAGCUCGGAUUAGGAUUCGUCUUCACGGGACAGGGCGCUCAGUAUGCUGGAAUGGGAAAGGAGCUCCUCCGGUAUACCGCAUUUCGAGAUACGUUUCUGAGGUUCGGAUCAGUGUUGAGCAUCUUAGGCUGCGAAUGGUCUCUCUUCGAUGAGCUUCUCAAGGAAGACGAUGUAUCGCGCAUCCAUGAGCCGGAGUUUAGUCAGCCUAUAUGCACUGCCUUGCAAAUAUCCUUGGUUCAGCUCCUGCAAAGCUACGGAAUCCACCCAGCGACUGUUGUAGGCCAUUCGUCUGGAGAGAUUGCAGCAGCAUACACUGCUGGAGCCUUGUCGUUUGAUUCCGCAUGCAAAGUGGCCUACUUCCGAGGUAAGUUGACUGCGUCUUUAUGCCACUCUGGCGAGCGCAAUGGGGGAAUGCUGGCAGUGGGCCUCUCAGAACCCGAGGUGGAGGCUUACUUGAAGCGACUUCAUCCUAAGGCUGCAACUCGCAGGAUUGUGGCAGCCUGCAUCAACAGCCCAAAGAGCGUAACAGUCUCAGGAGAUCUGGACCAAAUAGACGGCCUGAAGGCAGCACUUGAAAAAGAUGGGAUCUUUAACCGGAAGCUUCGAGUUGAUGUUGCUUAUCAUUCAAAGCACAUGGAGGCUAUUGCGUCCCACUAUGCCGACUCACUCCAGGACCUAGCCCCAGGGAGUCCUUCGAGCACCACAAUGGUGUCAUCUGUCACCGGCAAGAUCAUUUCAGCGGAUGAGUUAUGCAGCAAAGAGUAUUGGGUUCGAAAUCUGGUGUCACCGGUGCGGUUUUCCGACGCUAUAAGCGCACUCGCUGUGACCCCGAGCAGUGUUAGUUCCCGUAAGUCGUAUACUCAGAAGCAGAAAGCUCCUCAAAUAUUCAAUCUCGUGGAGAUCGGACCGCACUCAACACUGCAAGGCCCUAUUCGCGAUACAUUGGCAGGGUCCGCUCGUGGAAACCAAAUCAAUUAUACAGCAGCUAUUAAGAGAAAUACACAGCCCAUUGAGACCCUCCUAAGUGCGGUGGGCUCGUUGUGGUGUCAGGGGUACGAGAUAGAUAUCAGCGCGGUGAACGAGCAGAAGAACAAACAUUUUGACGUGCUCACGGAUCUCCCGGAAUACCCCUUCGACCACUCGCAAUCGUAUUUGCACAAGCCGCGGCUACAGAAAGACUUCCUAGGACGAGAUUAUCCAAGACUUGAUCUUCUGGGCUCCCCGGUCGUCGGAUUCAAUCCACUAGAGCCGGCUUGGAGGAAGUUCAUACGGAUUAGUGAAACUCCCUGGAUAGAGGACCAUAAGGUGAACGGGGCCAUUCUAUACCCAGCAGCUGGAAUGCUAGUCAUGGCUAUCGAAGCAGCUAAGCUUAUGGCACCGCCAAAUAAGGAGGCCGCUGGUUUCAUGAUCAAGGAAGCCUCUUUCGACAAUUCGCUCGCCAUACCAGCAAACGAUCAAGGUGUAGAGGUCCAAUUACACCUGCGUCCCCUGCUCCGUGACAUUAAUAAAGUUGCCGACACGUUCCAGUUCACUUUGUGCUCAUACUCCGACGACCGGUGGGUACGAAACUGCCACGGCACGAUCGAAAUACGCUUGGCGGAGAAUGACGCAAUCUGCAGCAGUUCUUGGCAUUGGUUUGAUAUUGGACCGUUUGAGGAUUGCAAGCGUUUUGUAGACAAACGGAAGGUAUAUGAGCAUUUCCAGAUGUCCGGGUUCCAUUAUGGUCCGGCGUUUCAAGGUUUAAAUCGGAUCCAUUACGAUACGGCUAAUAGGGCGCUUGCUGAUGUGGAGCUGUUUCCCUGGGGUGAGCAAGAGGAAGCAAACCAUGCCCAGGAUCAUAUCAUCCACCCCACUACUCUCGACGCCCUUGCCCAACUAGCUUUGGUUGGCUUGACGGACGGAGCGCGCGAAGUUCCUCCAAUAAAUCUUCCGACCGGGACGAAAAACCUAUGGAUCUCCUCGCGUGGUUUGUCACACCCAGGCUCUGCCCUAGUGAAGGCAUUUGCGGACACUAAAUUCAAAAGCGAGAGACAGAAUGAGUUUUCCAUCACGGCCGUGGACUACAAUACUGGUGAAGUUCUCUUAUCCUGGGCAUGUCUCGAGACGACAAACAUUGGACGAGCAGAUACUACUGAAAUGGACAGAAAGAAGCAAAUGUGUUAUCAAUUUGACCUUAAGCCAGAUAUUGACUUGAUGGACAUGCAUAGCGCUAGGAAUUAUUGCACUAUCAAUCAAGACCAGAAAGAGAAGCAUCGUGAUGACCUCGAAAUAUACAUGGUCGGGGUAAUUAAAAGAGUUCUACAUGAGCUGUCUGAUUUAGACAUUAGUACACUUCAGAGACACCACCAGAAGUACCUCAUGUGGAUUCGUAAGAGGCUCGAAGACUUCAAGGCUACUGCCUCUGCAGACCAGCUUGAAAGGUUGGACGAUGAUCAAGACCACCUCGAUCUACGGGAUCGGAUAAGACGUCUGAAUGGAGAAGGGAGGUUCUACUCCGAGGUCGGCUCGCAUGUUCUAGACGUUCUUCGCGGAGCGGCCGAUCCACUAGCCAUUCUCUUCGAAGGCGAUCUCGCUCGAGACCUAUAUCAAGAUUUAAAUUUGAGAAUCUCAGGAUCGCUGUCUCGUCUCGUAGAACUUCUAGCCCAUAAGAACCCUAAUAUGAAGAUCGCAGAAAUUGGGGCUGGAACGGGUGGCACCACUUCGGUGAUACUCGACAGCUUGGUGCAUGGGACAACCUCAAGGUUCAGCCAAUACGAUUACACGGAUAUAUCCGCUUCAUUCUUCGAAUCCGCAAAAGGCAUGUUUGAGACAUACGCACCGAAGAUUAGGUUUAAAACGUUCGAUGUUGAGCAGGAUCCAAUAAAGCAAGGCUUCCAGUUAGGUAGCUACGACCUGCUGAUCGCAGCAAAUGUUCUCCAUGCGACCCAAAGCCUCGAGGUGACAUUGCGAAAUGUCCACACUCUUCUGAAACCGGGUGGAAAGCUCGUUCUAAUUGAAGUCACCAACAACCUACAGAAGGCAGGGUUUGGAAUGGGUCUGCUUCCAGGAUGGUGGCUUAGUACGGAAGACUUCAGAACAACAGGCCCUUGUAUGCCGGAAAAUCGAUGGGAUGAUAUAUUGAGACAAGCAGGCUUCUCUGGACUCGAUGUUGCUCUUCGGGAUUCUACGGACGACGCACACUAUGAGCAAAGUAUAUUGGUGUCAACCUCAAAAGCGAGUUAUACAAGUACUGAGGGUUCUGGGAACAUCAUCGUUCUCGCACAAAACGGGUCAGAGAAGCAAAAAUCAAUGGCAACGGAGAUCCAAAACGAACUUGGGAAAUUCCAUAAUGUCGAUUGCGUGAUUCGAUCGAUUGAGGCUCUCGAAGUAGGGGAACUUCACCAAGCAUUUUGUAUCUCGCUUCUGGAACUUGAAGAGCCGGUAUUCGCAGACAUAGGUCAAGAGUCAUUUUCAUGCAUUCAGAAGAUUUUGACCGAGGCAAAUGCUAUCCUCUGGAUAUCAACGGAUACCAACAAAGUAGAAGACAAGUCCAAAUUCCGAAUGAUAGAUGGUCUGCGAAGAGUAGUUGUCUCGGAAAAUUGCGACACUCGUUUCGUGACGGUAGCACUUGAAGAAUCGAGCAUUGGAGAAAGAAGCCAGGCCCAGCGGAUCGUUCAACUUUAUGAAGACACGGUGUCGGCAGCUUUCGGGAACUUCGAAGAAGAAUACACUGAGCGGGAUGGCAUCCUCUGCAUUAAACGAAUGAUAGAGGCCAGUGAGAUUAAUCAACACCUCGAAAAACAAACAGCGCCUUUGCAGGUAGAAGAGCGUCUAUUCCGAGAUGUUCCCUCACUACGGCUUGAGUUCGAAUCCCCUGGAGUUCUAGAUUCACUCCUGUUCGUUGAGGACCCAACUCCAGAGAACCAGCUCGGUGAGGGUGAAGUUAUGGUCGAGGUCAAGGGAGUUGGGGUUAACUUCAGAGACUGCCUCAUCGCACUUGGUCGAAUGAAAGACUCCAUGAAAACCAUCGGCUUUGAACUCUCUGGUGUAGUUACUAAGGUCGGCUUUGAUACAGAGUUCAAAGUUGGUGAUCGUGUGUAUGGACUGUGUCCUUCGGGUUGCUUUUCAACAUUCGCGAUAGUACCGGGAUCGCUUUUGGUGAAGAUUCCUGAAGGCAUAUCCUUCAAAGAUGCAGCCGGAUUACCCACGGGACUUGUUACGGCAUACUACUCCCUCAUCGACGUAGCUCGGCUUCGCUCUGGCGAAACAGUCUUAAUCCACUCGGCUUCUGGAGGGACGGGACAACUGGCUAUACAGAUUGCUCAGCACCUAGGAGCCACAAUCUUUGUUACUGUCGGAACAGAAGAAAAAAAGCAGCUGAUGAUACAGAAAUACCACAUCCCAGAGGACCAUGUAUUUUCUAGUCGAUCAAUCGGAUUCGCUUCCCAUCUUAUGCGGCUUACGAAUGGCCGGGGUGUCGAUGUGGUUCUAAAUUCCUUGUCUGACGAGAAAUUGGCUGCAUCCUGGGAGUGUAUGGCACCUCUCGGAAGGUUUGUCGAAAUAGGGAAGAAAGAUGUCUUCGCGAAUUCGAAGCUCUCGAUGUUGCCAUUCGCUAAAAACGUAUCUUUCACAGUUGUUGAUAUGUUCGGUUUGGCGCAGGAGCGGCCUAACAAACUGAAGGCAAUAUUGCAAAGAGGGGAUGAGCUGGUGAGGCAGUACGCAGUUUGGACUCCUCAGCCGGUCCAUGUGUACGGCGUUGGACAUAUUGAAGAGGCAUUCCGGUAUAUGCAGAGCGGACAGAAUAUGGGGAAAAUUAUCAUAGACAUGAGACACAAUGAGUUGGUCAAGGCUAUUGUUCGCUCACCGUUGACUUGGAUGUUCGAUCCGAAUGCAUCGUAUGUACUUGCUGGAGGGUUCGGAGGGAUCCUCCGCAGCACAGCUCGUUGGAUAGCAUCUCGUGGUGGUCGGAAUUUGAUCAUACUUUCUCGGUCAGGAGUACGACCAGGGAAAUCUGCAGAUCUUGUGGGGUAUCUAGAGAGCCAGGGUGUUCGAAUAGCCGCACCGAGGUGUGAUGUGUCCAAUACAGAGGAAGUAGCCGCCGCUUUGAGAUCCUGUAAAGAAGAUGGUAUGCCUCCAAUAAAAGGCUGUAUCCAGGGAAGCAUGGUAUUGAGGGACGCUCUGUUCGAGAAAAUGUCGCAAGAGGAUUGGAGCACCACAGUCAAGCCACGUGUGCAAGGCACGUGGAAUCUCCACAAAUUGCUCCCCCAUGGAAUGGAUUUCUUCGUGAUGUUGUCCUCCGUCACUGGAAUCGUCGGAUCGGCCGGCCAAGCGAACUAUGCGGCAUCAAACAAUUAUAUGGACGCGUUCGCCCGUUAUCGGGUCAAUCAAGGAGAGAAAGCGACAUCGCUUGACCUAGGUUGGGUGGAGAGCGAAGGCAUUGUUGCCGAGACUGAGGGACUUGCACGACAGUGGAUCGUGGCUGGUUGUUGGAUUCCCGUCUCGCAGCCGGAUUUGUUCGGACUGUUGGAUUACUAUUGUGAUCCAAAUCUCAAGAUCGAUAGCAGCUCGGUGAAUUCCGCUCAAAUCCUGAUUGGGUUGGGGCCGCCGGCCAUGGUCCACGCAAAAGGGAUCUCUGAUCUCCCGGACUUCAUGAACAGGCCAAUGUUCAGAUAUCUCCAUCAAAUGGAGCUGGACGAUAAGCCAACGGCCGGGUCUUCAUCUGAGGGAGCCGAAAUCGACCACGCAUCUCUGUUCAGAGGUGCGAGCAACAACGAUGAAGCUGCAGAGCAUGUAGUCGACGCACUCGUGCGAAGGGUGGCAAAAGCCAUGGCUAUGCCGACGGAUGAUAUCGACUCACGAAAACCCCUGCACGCGUACGGUGUCGACUCACUGUUGGCAAUUGAGCUAAGGACAUGGUUUAGAAAGUACUUUGGUGUUGAUAUAGCCGUCUUCGAACUCAUCGGUGCGAAGGAUUUCCUUGCGGUGGCAGAGAGAGUCGCCCGAAUCGCGAGUGCCGCGUAGAAAUGUCACGGCUCUUCUUCUUUCGGAUUAGCGGAUAAUGUAAGCAACGUAGCCUCCGUCUCUUACUUAGAUGCACCACUUCUUGUUGAGUUUGAUUCUCAGGCUAUAAAGC